AGCUGUUUCUCAACUUUACUCUGUAUAGUUGCACAAUAGAAGGGUUUUGGGAAGCUGGCAGUAAGUCUGCCCUCUCUGUGUAAGAAAUCCACCACCAGCCAGCCACACACAAUGGAAGUGGAAGAUCCCUUAUCAGCCAAGUUCAGGACUCUGAUAGAAGGACUCAUGGUGACGACAACCUCAGAGAUAGUCAAAAUAUUUAGCAAAGCGCUGGAGACCAGAGUGGAGAUCACCCGGAGCUGGAGGGAGAUCGACUUGUUGAAACAGCAUUUGGAGGAAUGUGAGCAGCAAAAGACAGACGCCAUCUUCAGGGCUCAGAGGGGUGACUUUAAAAGAGAAGAUGACGAGAUGGAAGUGUCACGUGAGAAUCAUUUGAAUCAUUUAGGCUCCUUUGAUAAUAAACAUUACAGUUUUAUUCUGUUACAGGGACCUGAAGAAAGAGCAGAUAAUGUCUCAGUUGGGAAGAGAGGUGUCAGUCUGGGGAAUGCUAAAGCCAGUGGACCAAAGACAAUCAAACCAGCUUCAUCAGGCCAUAAGGUUCAGAAAAGCUGUGCAACUGCUGAAACGUUGCAAGAGACUAAAUGCAAACAGCUUGUGGUAAAACCGAAAACAGUUUGUCCCACCAAGGUGUCACAAGCGAAGGGAGAGAAAGCAUCAUCAAGCAAGACAACAUCACAGCCCACAUCGGAAAAAUUCAAAAAAAGAAAAAUAAUCAAAAAGCAGAAUCACGCAAAUGAAAUUAGUGUUGGUCGUGGUCUUCGAGACCGACAGCACCUCAGCAUGCAGAGACAAUGUCUGUGUUGUUCAUCGGAUGAGUGCGAUAACCCCUCUAGAGCCCAGCACCUGGUCCCUAGUGUGUAUAUCUGUCGUAAAUGUGAGAGAAGAUUUAAAACGGACCUCCUGUUCAAGAGUCACAAAUGCUCAAUGCCUCAGAAUUGCAACAGGUGUGGGCAGACGUUCACUACCCUUCAGGGGCUGACCGCACACAGUCAGGAAGUUCAACCGCAGUUCAGAUGCAGUCAGUGUGAGCAAAUGUUUGCCACUCAGUGUGCUUGGACCGUGCACAAGAGGAUCCACACCAACCUUAUUGUUCCCAAUGAAAUUAAGGCUAAGAGGUUCGAGAUUCGUCUCGAAAGAAUCUCAGACUCCCAGCUGGAGGCUGCUUUGUCCUCAAAUAGCUCUCCCUUGCGAAAUACCUCUUCAAAACAGAAUCUUUUGAGUGAACCGAAUCCGGCUUCUGCAGGCACAACACCUGGAUCUGCAUGCAAACGCGGUGCAGGAUCCACGACGGCGAACGUACCCGAGACCAGCACGUCACAACUAUCACCCCAAAGUGUCGCAGAAACCCCAGAUUUAAGACCAGGAAACAUGUCGGAUUCAGGUGUUGGACAGUCAAGUGUCAGGAAAGUAUAUGCCGUCAUGUCAUCUGCCUCUUGCCAAAUUCAGAUUAGUGAAGAUGCAAAUGAAUUGGAGUCAGCAACUGCACAUGACACUGAAAAAGUAACAGAUGACGGAAAAAAUCCCAGUGCAAGUGAUGAGUCCGGACUCUGUACUCCGCCGCGAAAGCGGAAAAUGGCAGAUUGUUCUCAUGAUGCAUACAAUGGCGUGUUUCCUGUUGAAAAUAUUCUGAGAUGGAGAAACAAUAAGGGAAGAAAUGAAGUUCGGGUCAAGUGGAUGCCUUGCACAUUGUGUGGGGCAAAGUUUCAGAACACGUGGGAACCAGCUGAAAGCUUUCCAGGCUAUUUGGAUGACAAGAAUGAAGAGCCAAAGAAAGACUAGAAGGAUCAGAAAUGAUGUAAAUCGUUCAGUAUGCUUUUAUGAAGUUCUCUGUUUACACUAAGCAUGUGUGCUUUACAAUGCAGUUAAUUUAAUGAAUGUUUUCUCUCCAUGCCAUGUUUUUCCUGCAAUAUACUAUGGUUGUAACCAGUUCCACACAGUUACCCUAGAUAAAUGAGUAGUGAAGUUAAAUAGGUAACAUUACAUUUAAUACAUGGUCUUAAGUGCCUGAGAUCAAAAUCUUUGCUGUAUAACUUGUCAUAUUGUAUAAUUAUUUAGUUAGACUUCAGAUGUAUUUGAGUGUUGAAUGUUUAUAUUUACCUCUCUGCAAUCCAUGGUUAAGAUUGGUUCCUUUUGUUAGGUGUUGCGAGUGUUUUAGAUGUUUGUGGUGAGCCUUUUAUUGAUGGAUUCUUUUUAUACCCAGCAGUCAGAUUUUAAAAUGCUAUUAAUUGACUAAAAUAGUUGUGGAUUCGUGUCUUUAACACUAAAUAUCAGUUUAUUAGGUUGGAUUCUUUAACACUAAAUGUCAGUUUAUUAGGCCUAUCCAGUUAAUGAGGAAUGCCUCUACCUGCUUUGGACUUCUUGAUAUACUAAAGAAUUAUAAUGUGGCCAUUUGUUUGGUUUUUGAAACAGUUGUUGCAGGCUGGCAAAAUAAAGUGGUAGAUGUAUUGAAACACCCACUAAAUUGAAUAAACCAUUUUUAAACC